UUCCGCGCACGUUUCCCCUCCCUCCCCGCGGCAGCGGCAGGUGCAGCAGCAGCAGCGGCAGCAGCAGCAGCAGUAGCGGCAGCGUCGUCGCGUUUCGCUCCUCCGUCCGUGGGCCGUCUCGAGCCGUCGACUGGAGCGACGUCUCCGUCACGUGGUGCCCCCCCCCCACUCGCUCGUCCGUGCGCGGUGCUGCGCGCAUCGCCAUCAGCAACAUCAGCACCACAGUCACCACGCCCCACGCCCCUGUCGCUAGCAUCUCCCUCUCCUCCAAUCGUCAUCAGCAUCAUCCCUAUCACUGACACCUUCACCACCACCAUCACAACCAUCAGGUCCCCAUCACCAACCGCAACACGCAUCGCCGAUUCACAUCACCCAUCAUCCCCACUCACAUCCCUCAUCAUCACCGGCUUCGUCACACACGCCCAUCAUCCCUACACCCAUCUCCAUCGUCACACGCAUUCAUCUCCACCACCACCACCAGCCAUCAUCCAUCACCCCAUCGCCGCUUCCUCGUGAUCUCACAUCUCGCUCUUUGCCCGCGGGGAGAGGGUGGGGGUGGUGCCGGUCGAGAAGCCGUGGCGAUGUCGGCAGGAGAAGCGAGCCCCGCGCAGGUGGAGAAUGGAGGCGAUGCAGCUGAGACGGGAGUAGCGGGAGGAGCGGGAGGCGGUGGGGCUGGAGAAGCCCCCGUGGACCCGAGGGAGCUGGAGGAGGCGUUCCGUCGCUUCGCGCUGCACGGAGACCCCAAGGCAAGCGGCGCGGAGCUGAACGGCAAGAACUGGGCCAAGCUGUGUCGCGACUGCCGCGUGGCGGACGGGAAGCGCGUCACGGCCACCGACGUGGACAUCGUCUUCUCCAAAGUCAAGGAGCGCACGGCGCGAGUGAUCACGGUCCCACAGUUCCUGUCGGCGCUCGAGGAACUCUCCCGCAAGCGCUUCCCCAGCCGCGAGCCGGAGCACGCGCUGAGAGGGGUCCAUGGGCUGGUGGCGGGGGGAACGCCCGCGAUCGCGGGGGUCACGAAGGCGACGAGCGCGGGCGCUGUGAGCCGCCUCACGGACGCGAGCCGCUUCACGGGGAGCCACCGCGAGAGGUUUGACGAGGCCGGGCGAGGCCGUGGCCGUGCGGGCCGCGAGGAGGAGGUGGAUGCCAGCGGCUACGUCGCCUCGUACAAGGGCGCCGGCAGCUACCACGACAAAGUUAAGGGGGGGAAGUGACCCCCCCCCCCCCGCCCUCCGCACUCGAGCCCCCUCCCCCCACCCUCG